CCCGGAGAGCAGAGCCAAAAUGCCCCCUCUCACUCCCCUGACAGCAACGGCCCUCUCCCUCGUGGCCACUGCCACGGCCUCCUUUAAUCUCCAAAGCACCUGGGGCAAUCUCAGUCCCUACACCCCCAGCCCGGGCUUCACUCUUCCCGCUGGAAACCCCAUCGGCUGCGAACUCACCCAAACACACAUCCUCCAUCGCCAUGCACAACGCUACCCCACGUCCUACCUCCUGGACGCAAACAGCAUGGAAGCCUUCGCCGAGAAGCUCUCCAACUACACCACCGCCCACCCCAACUCCACCCUCGGCACCGGCCCGCUCUCCUUCCUGAACCACUGGGAGUAUGUGAUGGGCACCGAGACACUUCUCCCCACCGGUGCGGCCACGGAAGCCACCUCCGGUGCUUGGUUCUGGUCCAAGUAUGGCCGGACCUUGUAUAAGGCGCCUGCGGGCAUGGCAGAUUGGAGUGAAGACUUGAAUGUGUUCCCCAAUGGAACCAAGAGAGCCAAGCCCAUGUUUAGAACGACCAGCCAGGCAAGAAUCCUGGAGAGUGCGAGAUGGUGGUUGAGCGGCUUCUUCAGCAACAUCGGCGCAAACAGCUCCUACCCUCAAUACGACCUCGUAAUUAUCCCCGAAGGAGACGGUUACAACAACACUCUUUCUGGCUCUUGUCCGGAGGCCACUUACCCAGGCGACGACACCGCCGAACAAUUCAUCACCAUCUUCACCCGUCCCAUAAUCACCCGCUUCACGCCCUACCUCCCGGCAAACCUCACCCUAACCCCCUUCGACAUCCUCAGCAUGAUGAACCUCUGCCCCUACGAGACCGCCGUCUUGGGCUCCAGCUCCUUCUGCGCCCUCUUCACCCCCUCCGAAUGGUCCUCCUACAGCUACCAACUCGACCUGCAAUUCUACGGCGACUACGGCUUCGGUUCUCCCAGCGGCCGGGCCCAAGGAAUCGGGUACGUCCUGGAACUCGCCGCCCGGUUACAAUCCCACCUCAUCACCUCCCCGGAGGCAAACAUCAACAUCACCUACGACAGCAACCCCGCUACAUUUCCCCUCCAUCAACCCCUCUACAUGGACAUGUCGCACGACGAUGUGAUCGUCUCCGUCAUUGCCGCGCUGGGCAUGGAGUACUUCAACUUCGGACCGAAGGGAAUGCCCGGGAAUAUCACGGGGAGUGAGGUGCCCACGAACCGGACGUUUAAGUUGAAUGAGAUUGCGCCGUUUGGGGCGCGGUUGGUGACGGAGGUGUGGAAGUGUCCCGUUGGUGUGGUGGAGAGUGGUGGGUUGGGACAGUUGGGGGCUGUGGUGUAUGAGAAUCCGGGUUUGAGUGGUGUGGGGAAGAAUGGGACGAAGGAGUUUGUGAGGUGGGUGUUGAAUGAGAUGCCUGUGCCGGUGGAGGGAGUGGUGGGUUGUGAGGGGGCGCAGAAUGGGUUUUGUCCUCUUGAGGGGUUCUUGAGUGGUGUGCCCAGUAUGAAGAAGAAGGCGCAGUUUGAUGAGGCGUGUGUGGUGGGUGUGACGGGGAGUGGCAUGGUGGGGGAUGGGUGUCCUCAUUCUUGAGGAUUUGUAUAUUUAUGUCUACUUAGUACGUCGUGGUGGUGGUGGUGGUGUAGAAGUGGAAGUGGAAACAAGU